UAGAUCAUGUCUGAGCCAUUCCUGAUCAAACACCGUUCAAGUGGGAAGUUUUUGCAUCCCCAUGGUGGAAAAGGCGACCCUAAAAAUCAAACGAGUAUCGUUCUUCACAGCGACAUACACGAUCGCAUGCACUGGCGCUUCCGCAAAGAAUUAGACUAUUGGGGCUACAUCGAGCACGUCGCAAGUGGCAAGUGCAUCCAUCCGAAAGGCGGCAGUUUGACACCAGGGAACAACAACAGUCUGGUCCUCCACAGCGACCGCCAUUAUGGCGCACUUUUUGCCCUCGAUAGCAGAAACGAUCACAUUAUUCACAAGGGCGGCAGAUAUGCGCAUCCAAAAGGUGGACGACCUGAACCAGGAAAUAAUACCAAUGUCGUCCUCCACUCUGAAAUACACGACGCCAUGCGCUUCCAGUUCGUGUCACCAAAAGACCCUAGUAAAGAGAUCCUUGUGUACGGAAGUCCAAAUGUCAUCGGUAAGUGGGAGAUAAUCAACGCCGUCAUCAACCCGAAGGCCGAGCAUAAGAGUACAAUCUCAGUCAAAAUUGGCAAGUCCAAGACGGAAAGCACGACUUCGACGUUUGAAUACAAAUGGGAGUCUUCAUUUGGUGUGGCGAUUAAGGCAAUCACAGCCUCCGUGAGUCAAUCGGUGAGGUUUAUGAUUGAGAAAACCUCUUCUGAAACGUGGACAGAAGAAAAAACAAGAACAAAGGAAAUUACCGUGUCACCUGGGACAACCGUCGUAACCUGGCAGUACAAGUUCGCUGUGGAGCAGAAUGAUUCACAUGCCUUGUUCCAGAGUAAUCUAUUGGCUGACACGGAUAGCGAGACCACCGUUCCACGUGACUUCAAUUACAGUGUCUAAUCAGCGUAGACUUGUUGAUAACGAGCCAUUUACUCUUGGAUAGUUGAUAAGCAUAUUAAACACUUACAUAAAGCUGUAUGUUAACUCAUUUCCAUCAUUCGAGCGGGAACAACCGAAGGCGUCGACAUUUGUCAUGUGGCCGUUUUAAUGGUUAACGGUUGAUAUCUACACACCGAAGAUUCACUGACUAUAAGACAUAUGUUAACCUAGUAAACAAACGACACUUUGGACUGACCACAUUUUAUUAACCUAUAGAAUAUAUAAUCAGAAGUACUUAUCGCCGAAUGGGCAUCGCACGAGUGAGAA